AUGGAACAUUUUCAACGCUUCGCCUCUAUUGGAACGCAUUCUUUGAGCUAUGCACUACGGGGAAUCCCAAGACAGCCAGGCACACCUCUAGUCCUCAUUCUCCCCGGAAUCACACGCAGUGCCCUUGAAUGGAGUGCAGUCUGUCGAUACCUCGAGUCUGAGGCACCAAUAUUUCUCUAUGAGCGUUCCGGAUAUGGUCGCAGCGAAGAGUCUCCAAACGAGCCUGACUCACUCACAAUCGUUGACGAACUAUGCCGUCUACUGAAAUCAGCCGCCCUCGAGCCACCAUACCUAGUUGUAGGGCACUCGUGGGGCGGAACUUUGGCUCGGGAAUUUGUCGCAGCACGACCAAUCGAGGAUAUUUCGGGCUUGGUAUUGGUCGACGCAGUACAAGAGCGCAUGCAAUUCGAGACAUGGCCCGAUCCCAGCAUUUCAGCCGUCUCGGAAGGUUUGGAUUAUUUCGAUGUUGUUGGGCUUACAAGGGACCACCAGUUGACGGCUUCUGAGUGGAGCGAGUAUAUGAAUGAACAACUUAGCGAGAAGCAUGUUCGACAGGCAAAUCGGGAAAUGCCUUAUCUUCAGGUGAGCCGUUCUGUCAUUGCGCAGAAACGACAACUUGAACCUGGCCGGAAUAUAUUCCAUGGAAAGCCUCUCAGUGUACUUAUGGGGAACUCCAGGCGAGAUAUGGAAUUGAUGUAUGAGGCCGGGGUGGCUAACGGUAGAGGCACUGAGGCUCAGAGGGCUGCUUUCAGGGAUUAUUUGGCAACGUGGGAUCAAAGCGAAGAUUCCUUCCAACGAGAAUUUCUUCAUAUGUCAACCUUGACUCGCUUAUCUGUGGCAACAAAAAGUGGACAUAAUGUACCGAUCACGGAGCCUCAGUUAAUCGCUGAUGAGAUUCGAUGGGCGCUUCAGAACGUACCCAUUUCGUUUCCAGUUUCAUGA